AUGCACAGCUUCCAGCAAAUCAUCGCCUCGGCCAUCUUUGGCCUCGCGGUCGCAAACCCAAUGGCUCUCAACCCAGCAGACUCCUCCAACCUGCUCUUCACUCGCCAGGCCGAACCCAGCCAAACCAUUUCCUGCCCAAGCAUGAACGGCACCCUCGUCAUCUCGAGCGGCAAAUCCUUCAUCGUCGAAUGCGGAAUGGAUCACGCAGGCGGAGACUUGCCCAACCAGCCCGUCUACGUCAACAGUCUCGCACAGUGCAUCAGCAAGUGUGCUCAGAACCCUGCAUGCGUGGAUUUCACGCUCUCGGGAGCUGCGUGCUACAUGAAAGGAUCUGUUGGCCCAACGGUUUAUGGUGGAGUCAAUGGCGCUAGACUUGUGAAUGAUGAGGGUGCUGGUGAGGUUUACUUGACUUGCGGCACAGUUGUGUAA